AUGCUUGUUGUCCGGAACGUCCACCACUGUUGUGGCAUAGCUUGAAGAUCCUUUACGUGGGCGAAAGUAUGAGCAUCAAUGCUCUUCCCGCAGAGCUAAUCCGCCGUAUCUGCGAACUGGUCAACCGCAGAGAUCUUCCAGCCAUUUCCAGAGUAUCUCGACGUUUCAAUGCUCUUUCCAACUCUCUCAUCUAUACCUCCAUUACUCUCACCAACAGCGACAAAGCGUUCGCAUGUUGCAAGACUCUCGCUACAUCCCCUAGGGAUCUUGCAGGUUGCGUUCGCACUUUCUCUGUGGACGAUUUCCCUCCUUGGAACUUUACGGAUUGGCAUCGUCGCCAAUUUAGGGAAUGGUUGGUAACCAGCAUUCGACGUAUGAGUAACCUGUUACAUUUCAAAUGCUUUCUCGUUGGAUCGUUUGCCCAAGAUAUGAGCAUAGCUCUAUCAGGUCAUACGUCCUUGCGUUCUCUGGCCGUCUCCCUGCCUCAUUUCGAUCCAUGGAGCGACCAUUAUCGUCCUCCGUGGCCAGAAAGUGCUCUAAAACCGCUGUUUCCAGAGCUCGAAAGCUUCGCGUUCACUUACUCUGUCCCUCAAGGGCCUAUCUGUGCAAUGUAUCUAGGAUUCAUCUUGCAUAUCCUUCGAGCACACGCUGGACAUCUGCGCUGUCUCCAUUUACCCGACUGGCUUUCCUUCGACACCAUACUUCAAGUGCUGCCGCCCGACAUAAACCUCACCGCUUUGACUUCUCUCACUAUCCUGUCCUCCGCACUCAAUCCUGCAGUAACUGAGCGUAUGCCCGCUGUCCGUUCCUUGACAUUCCCAAAAUAUGAACCCGACUCCUCUCAUGCGGUACCUCGCGAUGCAUUCCCACUCCUGACUCAUUUCUCCGGCUCAUGUCGUUGUUUCAAGGAUGUACUGAAUACCGAACGACCUCUGCGCUAUGUCCACUUCGACGGCGCCGUCUUCGAUAUGGCGGAUACGGAUAUCUUCACUCAGGGUGAUCCACCUCAAUGGAGUGAAGUUCUAGCUGCGUUGAAACGGUUCCCUCGUUCAACAGGUCCUGUCAGGCACCUGCGUUUCUAUAUUUGUUUCCUACAUAUCUCAUUCCUAACGAAGGCGAGACCGUAUAUUACGUCCCUCGAGACUUUGACCAUCUGCAUCAGAAACAACAUCAAAGAUUUACAAAAGUUGAAAACUCUCGGGCGAAAGCUGCUGAAGGAGAUGCCCAAGUUGCAUACACUCCUACUCAGUGAUGAGCCUUACUACGCAUUUCGCGGUAAACGAUUCACCUAUGCGUUCGACGAGCUCUCUCAGAAGAUCGUCUUAACGCAGUGGGAGAAAGAAUGUCCUACGCUGACUAGCGUGUCUUUCACUGCUGCAUUUGUAUGGAACAGAAUCGGAGGCGGAUGGGUUAAAGGUCCUGGUCCAAGAGGCAUCAAAGAGCAUUUGCAGCUUUCCUAGCUUCUACUGCGUUUCCUUCUGGACUGUCCAUUGUGGGCUCGACCAUCAAAUUCACACCCUGACAUAAAAGCUCGUUUUACGUCUGCCAUCAACACUUUGUAUCUGAUGUAGGUUCAGAGUACGACACAACCAAUUAUCGAUGUCUACAGUGAACAAGAGGCGAGUCUGAGAAUAUCUCACUUUGAGACUAUACGCCGACGUGUACUUACUGAUUAUAGUUGGGCCAAUUUGUAGGAGGACACCGAGGACGGAGCGAUGGUUACGAAUCUCGUCCAUUAUUGGACAUAUUCUCCGGUCCAUGUUAACGGUCAUAUCGACCAGCCCACGCUUCAACUUAUUAUGCAAAGCACAAUCCACCAGCACAGUGCCAAUGCGCUUCAAAGCAUCGUGUGCUGAUUAGGACCGGCAAUCCCAUUCCAACCAGCGUGAGAUGACAGCUGCAGAACUGAAAGUGGUGGCAGAGUGCGCGCCAACCGCGGCUGCACAAGGGAUGAGGAUGGUCAAACUAGCCAGAUGCUCCGGGAAGUCCCAGAUCAACAGGAAGUCGUGUUCGGGUUCCAUAGGUUUAAGGACCAACGUCUGGAUGCUUUUCGUAUGUCCCGCUCAAACCCAGAACUCUAUGAUCUGCAUUACAUGCUCUCCAACCAGAUGGAUGCAUUGGAGACCUCGCGGAUACGAGAGCGCAGUUGUCGGGCUCAGCCAUCAGCGGUGUAGUACUAUGAGGUCCAAACACAAUGUUAUACAGCGCCAAUGUGCGCAACGAUUGCAACUCUGCC